CCACCAGUGAAGACUAUCAAUUUAUAAUGUAGGUUUAUUUGGGGGAAGGAAGCCAAAUAUUUCUAGAACUGCACUUCACAUAGUGGCCAGCAUGAAGCGUGAUUGGAUGCAGACAGGGAGAAAGCCUAGUGGGGUAUGUGGAGCUGCACUUUACAUUGCUGCUCUUUCACAUGGACUGAGUUGUUCUAAACCAGAAAUUAUCAAAGUUGUGCACGUUUGUGAAGCAACAUUGACCAAGCGUUUGAUUGAAUUUGAAAACACAGAAUCUGGGAUCUUAACGAUUGAGGAGUUCAAUACAAGAGCUGAGGAGCUUGAGAAUGAAGAGAGGGUGCCCCUGCAACAUUGUUCGUGGUCAAAAGGAUCUGGGAUCACAGAAGUGCUAUGUGAACACAAGGGAAGUGUGACGCUGCCCUUUGCCCACGGUCUUUGUGAAAGUUGUUACAGUGAUUUUGUAAAACUUUCAGGUGGACUUGAUGGGGGAUCUGAACCUCCAGCCUUUCAGCAUGCUGAGAGGGAAAGAUUAGUGGCAAAAGAAGCUGCUGAGGAUCCAAAUUUUUCCAUGUCCAAUAAGGUGGAGAACAAUGGCACUAAGUAUUUGCAGCCUGAAAAGGGAAGGAACACUCAGAAUGUGACCGGGGAAAACAAUGUGCAGAUAUCAGGGUCUGAUCAGAUAGGGGCAUUCUCAGUGGCUAAAACUGAGCAUAAUGCGACUCGUGAUACAUUACAUGGCACGGAUUGUAUGGGUCCUGAUGAUCAUGAUGAAUCAGGAAUUUUUUUUGAUAUCGAUGAUGUAGAGGUGUGCUACUUCUUCUUUGUUGGUUUUCAUUUAGUAGGGGGUAACUCCACUGGUCAGGGUCCUUGAAAGUUCUAUUUAAAA